AUGACCUCUGACACGGCCAGACAGCAAUCUCACAGGGACAGAAAUCCGAAGGGUCAGGGGAAGGACCGCAAGAAGCCUCUUACGCGAAGCAGAACAGGGUGUGCGUCAUGUAGACAGCUUCACCAGAAAUGCGACGAACAGCGGCCCGUCUGCUCCAACUGUGUGGUAACAAUGAGACCAUGUAUCUAUCCUCCUCCAUCGAUCCCUCUAAACGAAAGGAAGUUGAUUACGAAAUCGAGAACUCUCCCUGGCCAACAUGCGCCUUGGCAUGUAGCUGGAGACCGCCUCAAUCGCGUUGUGACGGCGAUUGCACCUAUUUAUGGACCUCUUGGUGCACCGCUUGACCCGUUUGAGUCUUUAGCUUUGCAAAUGCCGUUCAAGUCUGCGGAUCUGCUCUAUUACUGUAAAAAUCUGUGGCGGAGUUUCACCCGUAAUCUGUGCGGCGAGUACUUGUCUCCGUCUUCUUCCAAGCACAUUGUUGGUACUGUCGGCCAUGACAGUAAUGCAUUACGCAAUACCUUGCUCGUUGCUAGUCUACACUACUCAUGGAGUAGUGGUAGCAUGCAACUCUUCACACCAACAUAUCUUUUACACAAGGUUGAGAGCUUGAAUGAAAUCAACAGCUGGAUGCGAGAUAUGCAUAAAAGGCAAACGUCAAACAAAAUUAUCCGGAGUAUUACAACACACUGCAUUGUAGAGGUACCAUUUUCCAUCCUAGCCUUUUUGUUGAGGUCUAUCCUAACUCGAGCAGCUUUGGGAAAUUUUGCUCUAGCACAGGUACACUUGAAAGGAUUGAUGAGCUAUAUAGGCUCAAUAGCACUCGAGGUUUGUAGGCCGGCUCGAAUUGAAGAAGAACUGACUAAUCGAUAUGUAUUGGUGAUUAUGAUCUUUGUCAAUGGUCUUUCCACUCGCGUCACCGAUGUUACGCCAGUAGACCCACAUGAUAGUUCAGCAAUAUACUCCAUGAUUCGGAAAGGCCACAGGGAAGAGCACUCAGGGCUCGAGAAUCGAUUGAAGGCGCUAUUGAUGAUGCCCUACUUUUUCUCAGUCCCGCAACCUGGAGUAUCUCUGGGGCUCAUUGAUGCCAGAGACUUCGUCCAUAGAUUGUCUGAGUUUACCAAGAAAUCAGAAGCGAGACUUUUCCCCGCAGAAGAUGGGAAACUAAACGACUUUUGGAUUGAAGGAACUGCGACCACUCUGUUUUUGCUCUUAUUUGAAACCCAUAUGGCAUCUAUCAUCGCGAUGAGGGGUCAGAGUUCGCUCGAUUCAUAUGAGAGGUCACCUCUCAAGUCUGCGUGGUCCCCCUUGGUGGCUGGCGCCGCGCUCUAUAUGGGUUGCAUCCUCGCUCUCUGGGACCUCCAUGCUGCAAGGGAUGCCAAUUUGCAACGAUACCUAGUCCUCCUCAUCAGAGAGGACGUGUGGAAGACGAUGACAUGGUUUUGUGAGUGGAAUGAGCAACACCAACAGUUGUGGUUCUGGAAAGUCUUUGUUGCGGCAAUGAGCUUUGCCAUUCGCCCAACUGCAGGCGAUGAGGAUGACUUGGUCUCACUGCGCCAGGAAAUGAAUAGAUAUAUCAGGUAUUGGAGCAAUGUGACUGGGAUCACAACUUGGACAGAGGCUCGCGCUGCGUUGGAGAACGUUUCAUGGCCCAACUACCUGUACGCAGACAACGAGGCGCGUGGUGUAUGGACUGACGCCAUUAAGCAAGACUGA